AUGUUGCUUAGAUCUUUGAAAACGGUUGCUACCGCUUCAUUUGGGCUUGCGGGAGCCAAUCUGUUGCUUUCCAACAGGCCACGAGAGGCGUUUGCUCAUUGCCAAGUGCCCUGUGGAAUAUUUGAUGAUGCGGCUCGCUUUAAAUUGAUGUUUGAGGACAUCAGAACGAUUAAGAAAGCCCAGGGGCUGGUUCAGGACUUGUCUGUUUUGAAGGAUGCUCAAUCAAUACCUUUGAACCCGUUUGGGCGCGUAGUAUGUCCUGGCACAGCGUAUCAAAGCACCAGCGGACACGAGCAGUCCCAAGCCCUGGAAGAUGUGUGGGAGAAAUACGACCAAUACAUGAACCACUGA